AUGGUCAAUGCUCGUCGUCCAUCUCUAUUCGAUGUGCGUAUAGAUCAUUACAAAGUUGAGACUACUCAGGAUUUAAUUAUCAAUAUCCCACGACCUCGAUUUUCUUGGAAAAUUCGUGUUUUGAACAAUGUAUCACAACGAAAUGUUCAACAAACAGUUUAUCGAAUGCAAAUUCAAUCGAUAAAAAUAACUCAACGAGAUAAUCAAUUCGUAUGGGAUAGUGAAUGUGUUGUGUCGUCACAAUCAAUUCAUGUACCAUAUACAGGUCAAAAUGAUCUUUUACCAUCAACAUAUUAUCGUUUUCGUGUACGAGUUUGGACAACAAACUCAGAAGAACCAAGUGAAUGGACGGAUUGGAUUCAAUUUCGAACACCUGUAUUUAAUUUACAUGAAUAUCUGACAAAAUACAAUGCUCUUCUUUGGAUUGGAUCGACACAGAUCAAUAUGAAUGAAUUAAGAAAAGAAUUCAUGAUUCCAAAUUCUAGUCCUAUCAAAUCAGCAAUUGCUUACAUUUGUGGUCUUGGUUAUUAUGAAUUCUAUGUAAAUGGUAACAAAGUAGAUCCAAGUCGAAAAUUGGAUCCUGGUUGGACAUCCUACGAACAACGUACUCUGGUUGCUUCAUUUGAUUUAACAGCGAAUAUCACAGCUGGCAUGAAUGCUGUAGGAGUCAGAUUGGGUAAUGGUUGGUAUAGUCCAGAACAGCAUGGCAAAUCUGGCUAUGGUCCACCUCGUCUUAUUUUCAUAUUGUCUAUCAUAUUUGAGAAUGGUAAUGAAAUACAGGUUCUUAGUGAUCAAACAUGGACUGGUCGAGAAGGUUCAGUUAAACACGAUAGUAUUUAUAAUGGUGAAAUAUAUGAUAGUCGAAAUGAUCGUCCUAACUGGACUCGAGCAGGAUUUAAUGAUUCUUUAUCAGCUUGGAUUAUGCCUGAAUCAAUGCCAUCACCACUUAACAGUUCGCGCAAUGGUUCGCUCGUUCUUCAGGACAUGUUACCAAUUCGAGCUGGAUCUAAUGCAUUACAUUUUGAAGUUAUGACAGAUAAUCAACAACAAGGUUACUUGAAUCUUAAAGAUAUCGAUGCAAUCAAAGGUGCUAAAUUAACCGAUGGUGGAAUACUCAAACCUGUAGCUAUGUGGACAUCGGAUUCAGGUGUUGAAACAUUUGAUCUAGGUCAAAAUAUAGCAGGAUGGUGUCGUUUGAAAUUUCAUGGUCCACGUGGUUUUGGUGUUUAUAUUCGUUAUGGUGAAGUACUAACCCAACCAGUUGUAUCUAACAAUCUUUCUACUCGCAAUAUCUACACAGAAAAUCUGCGUGACGCUAUAGCAUCUGACACUUAUGUAUUGCGUGGAGAUCCUGUUAGUGAAAUCUAUGAGCCGAUUUUCACCAUUCAUGGCUUUCGUUAUCUGUCUAUUUUUGGUCCACCGAAUGAGUUGACACUCGAUGAUGUCGAAUGUCCAUUUGUACAUAGUGAAACAACGUUGAAAGGUCAUUUUUCUACGACCAAUCAAAUCGUCAAUCAAAUUCAACAUAAUAUCCUAUGGACUCAAUUGAGUAACCUCAUGUCUGUGCCUACUGAUUGUACACAACGUGAUGAACGUCGAGGAUGGAUGGGUGAUGCAUCAUUAACAGUUGAUGAAGCAUUGUACAAUUUUGAUUUAAUCAAAUUCUAUCGUAACUUUCUCAAUAUGAUUGUUGAUGAUCAACUAGCUAACGGUGAAUUACCUGAUUUUUUGCCCGUUGGUAAUAAUCCAUCUAAACCAAAUUGGCGUAGUAAUUAUCCAGCUGAUCCAAAUUGGGGUUCCGCAUUGCCAACAAUAACUUGGCAAGUUUAUCGACACUAUAGUGAUGUUCAAACACUGGAAGAUUAUUAUGAUCAUAUUGUUGCAUAUGUAAAAUAUCUUCAUGAUAUUUACAAUACAACGGGUCUUGCUAAUUUUACUGUCCGAUUUGGUGAUUGGGUUCCACCACCACCAGAACUUAUGACAAAUGGAAGUCUAAUUGGAUCAUUUGGUUUUCUUCAUGAUGUCAACCUUUUAAUCAAUAUGUCUCAAGUACUUGGUAAAAAAGAAGAUACUGAAAUUUAUUCAACAUUAUAUCAAAAACUUGCUGAAGAGUUUCAUCAAGUUUUUUAUAAUACUUCGUGGAAUUUUUAUGCAGAUGGAAAACAAGCAGCACAAGUAUUAGCUUUAGCAUUACCCGGUGUUGUACCGGCAAAUGUUCGAGAUACAGUUAUCAAUCAACUCGUUACUGAUAUCAAUCAAAAAGACAAUCAUGUGACAACAGGUAUUGUGUCAACAGCUCAAAUUUAUCCAAUACUUUCUGACAAUGGACAUCAUGAUUUGGCACUUGAAUUGAUAUCAUCAACAACUUAUCCAUCCUAUGGUUAUAUGUUUAACAAUCCUUAUGAAAAUGCUACUACUACAUGGGAACUUUGGAAUACACCACUGACAGGACCUGCUAUGAACUCUCGUAAUCAAGCUAUGUAUAGUAGUGUUGGUGCAUGGUUUUAUUCACAUUUAGCUGGUAUUGAUCUUUCAUCAAAUAUGAUUACUAUUCGACCUCGAAUGGCUUCUGAGACUAAAAAACAUCUUAUGUCAAAAUUAGACUGUCAAUUGAGCACAUUAUAUGGUCUCGUUCUUGUUUCCUAUACACGUGAUGAACGUGAUACUAUUUCCAAUUCAAUUUUACUUCGUGUUACUAUACCACCAAAUGCACAAGCUCGUAUUAUGUUUGAACCAUUAUUCGUUGGUGGGCAAUGUAAAGCAUUGAUCGAAGGUAAUAAAGUUAUUUGGUCAUCGGAUGUCAAUACUAUGAAUGAUCAAGGAUUUAGUAUUGAAAAAGAUUCAACAACGGGUUUGAUGACAGUACAUAUUGGUUCAGGUCAAUAUGAAUUUCAAGCAUUAUGGCAAUGA